AUGUUGGGGGCCGGCCUGGGGCUCUGGGUCUGCACCCUGAGCUGUGCGGUCCAAGCCUAUCCCAACAGCUCCCCGCUGCUGGGCUCCAGCUGGGGCGGCCUCACCCACCUGUACACAGCCACGGCCAGGAACAGCUACCACCUGCAGAUCCAUGGAGACGGGCACGUAGAUGGCUCCCCGCAGCAGACCGUCUACAGCGCCCUGAUGAUCAGAUCGGAGGAUGCGGGCUUUGUGGUGAUAACAGGUGUGAUGAGCAGGCGGUACCUCUGCAUGGACUUCACAGGCAACAUUUUUGGAUCCCAUCACUUCAGCCCGGAGAGCUGCCGGUUCCGGCAGCGGACGCUGGAGAACGGCUACGACGUGUACCACUCGCCGCAGCACCGCUUCCUCGUCAGCCUGGGCCGGGCCAAGCGCGCCUUCCUGCCGGGCACCAACCCGCCCCCAUACGCGCAGUUCCUGUCGCGCAGGAACGAGAUCCCGCUGCCGCACUUCGCCGCCACCGCGCGGCCCCGGCGCCACACGCGCAGCGCGCACGACGGCGGGGACCCGCUCAGCGUGCUCAAGCCGCGCGCCCGCGCCACGCCCGUGCCCGCCGCCUGCUCCCAGGAGCUACCCAGCGCCGAGGACGCCGGCCCUGCCGCCAGCGACCCGCUCGGGGUGCUCCGCGGACACCGGCUGGACGUGCGCGCCGGCUCCGCGGGCGCCGAGCGCUGCCGGCCCUUCCCCGGCUUCGCCUAG